AGUCCGGACACUUUCACCCCCUUCCAGUCCGGACACUUUCCCCCCCCUUCCAGUCUGGACAUUUUCCCCCCCUUCCGGUCCGUGGACACUUUUAACCCCCCUCCAGUCCGGACACUUUCCCCCCCCUUCCAGUCCGGACACUUUCACCCCCUUCCAGUCCAGACACUUUCACCCCCCUUCCAGUCCGGACACUUUUUCACCCCCUUCCAGUCCGGACACUUUCCCCCCCUUCCAGUCCAGACACUUUCACCCCCUUCCAGUCCGGACACUUUCCCCCCCCUUCCAGUCCGGACACUUUCCCCCCCUUCCAGUCCAGACACU